CACAGGGCCAGAAAGAAAGCUCAGUUUCCAAGCGACAAAGCGAUCAGUACGGAGAAUCCCACAAACACCUUGUUGCUCCCUCAAACAAACCAAAAACCAUCUGAAAACAAAAAAACCAAUUAAUUACGUGUAAUCAAACCGGUCUGAGGACGGCGGCUGCGGCGGCGGCGGCGGCGGAGCGGGAGACCUCACCUCUGCGCCCCUCGUCGCACCACCACCACCGAGUCAUCCCGCGUCCGCGGCGUCGGCGAGGCGCAUCGAGGCGGAGGUCGCCGGCGCGAGGCAGGCUCCUCUGCCCCUCCAACCCCCAACCCAAACCCUGCACGACCUGCCGCGCCGCCGCCAAACCCGAGGGCCAUCCGGAGGAGGAGCAAUUCGGUGUGGCUCUGGUGGAUUUCAUCGAUUUCUCGACGCUACCGCAUAAAUCCGGCUCGGCAUUGAUUCUGGGUUUGGAGCAUCUCGGUAUUUUACAUCGGUUUCACUGAUUCGAAUUUGUUGGGCCUCCACUGGAUUUAGGUUUAUGAAGCUCUAGGAGUAUAGGUUUUCAUUGCUUGUUUGCCAGUUUGUUAGAGCAAGGAUGGGAAUGGACUACUACAAUAUCCUCAAGGUGAACCGCAAUGCGACAUUAGAGGACCUCAAGAAGUCAUACCGGCGGCUCGCGAGGACGUGGCACCCCGACAAGAAUCCAACUGGCGGCGCGGAGGCUGAGGCCAAGUUCAAGCAGAUAACUGAGGCCUAUGAGGUACUAAGUGAUCCAGAAAAACGUGCAAUCUAUGACCGAUAUGGUGAAGAAGGCUUAAAGGGAAUGCCUCCACCUGGUUCACAGAGCCGGACUUCCGCAGCUGCUGGCUCAAGUGGUCCUAGUAAUUUCCGGUACAAUCCGAGCGACCCUGAUGAUUUCUUUGCUGAGUUCAUGGCAAGCAACAAACCUUACUCCUUCGACCAAGAACGAACGCGGUUCCAACCACGAUCACAGUGGACAGCAGGGAACACUAGAGGUGAAGCAUCUUCUGCUUCACAUAAGGAAAGCAGUACCAGUACAAGUCAACUAGAAAAACCACCAGCUAUUGAGAAAACCUUACUGUGCACUCUUGAGGAAUUGUAUAAUGGAACAAAAAGGAAGAUGAAGAUCACUAGGAAUGUUGCAAAUACUGAUGGAAAGGUAGAAAUCGAGACAGAGGUCUUACCUGUUGAAGUGUUGCCCGGCUGGAAAAAGGGAACAAAGAUAACAUUUCCCAACAAAGGCGAUAGGCUAUCUGGUCAGUUGCCACAAGACCUCACCUUCGUCAUCGAUCUGAAGCCCCACGAUGUGUACCUCCUGGAAGGGAACAAUCUUGUAGCAACCCAGGUGAUCCCUCUCGUGGAUGCUCUUGCUGGGACAACCAUACAUCUGAAGACCCUUGACGGCAGGAAUCUUCCCAUCAGGGUGGAGGAAGUCGUGCGUCCUGGGCAUGAGAUUGUGCUCGCGAACGAAGGGUGGCCGAUCAGGAAGGAACCGGGGAAGAAGGGGAACCUGAAGAUCAAGUUUGAUGUGACCUUCCCGACGAGGCUGUCAUCUUCACAGCGUGCAGCCAUCAGGCAGAUCAUGGGUGGUUAGCUAGAGAAGAUAAGAUACACCAACAGAUUCGUCAUACAGAAACAAGAAACUAUAGUUGUGCUAGUCUGAUAGAUGGAGCUGGAUUCAGGAUUCAGAUAGGUUCUUCUGUUGUUACAGGCAUAUAGUGGUGCGGUUUUUAUUCUACCUUGUUCUUGCUCUGUAAGUGACAGAGAAGUUUUCGUUCUGUUGAUCAUUGGAAAAGAUUCUAAUGGUGAUCGUGCUAUAGGCUGAUUCUGACAUAGUGACAUGUAGUAGUUCUGAAUGCCUUGUUUUGGAUUGGAUAAAUAGAGCAUGUGCUCAGUCAGUUCUUGCCUCUUC